GUCCUGACAAUCUCACGCGAUACUCGUAAACAUCAAUUGUCACAAAAACUUCUAUGAUAGAAUUAAAACUUUUCGGAAAUUGUUAUUAUUCGUGGAAUGCGCAAAAAAAUUCUUAAUAAUUGACAAUCUAAAUAACAAACAAAAUGACUGCAGACGUCCGCGAUAUUUUGGACAUUGAGCGUCCCAUGACUCCUGAAAUUAGCCGAGAAUCUUUUCUGGUUACAAAGAAAAGAAAUUUUGAAAGAACUAAAGGCCCGUCUAAACGUCCUGAGGGCAUGCAUCGGGAGGUAUUUGCUUUGCUAUACAAUGACAAUAAGGAUGCUCCACCGCUACUGCCUACUGAUACGGCUUUGGGCAUCGGUUCGGGAUAUAAGCAAGUCAAAGCUCGUUUGGGCAUGAAGAAAGUACGUAAGUGGGAAUGGGCUCCAUUCACCAACUUAGCUCGAACGGACGGUGCCGUUUUUCAUCAUUGGAGACGUUUAAGUGACGAGCCCAAAGAAUACCCAUUUGCUAAAUUUAAUAAGCAUCUACAAAUACCGGAAUACACAUUGGCCGAAUACAAUGCACAUCUGCAGACUAAUCCACAGAAAUGGACCAAAGAGCAAACGGAUCAUUUAUUUGACUUAGCCAAAAGAUUUGAUUUACGUUUUAUUAUCAUGGCCGAUCGUUGGGAUCGUACCCAAUAUGGUAUUAAAACCGUGGAAGAUCUCAAAGAACGUUAUUAUGAAAUAAUUGGCUUAUUAUCCAAGUCGAAGGCGGGAACGGCCGGUAACGAUAAGAAAUCUUUUGUGUUUGAUAUAGAACACGAACGCCGUCGCAAAGAGCAAUUAAAAAAACUAUUCGAACGCACCAGUCAACAAGUGAAAGAAGAACAAAAUCUACUCAAUGAAUUACGAAAGAUUGAAGCACGUAAGAAGGAACGUGAACGUAAGACGCAAGAUCUGCAAAAACUUAUAUCACAAGCCGAUCAACAAGGCGAUGCUGCCGCUAACGCCCAAAGCGCUCGGAAGUAUGAAAAGAAAUUGCACAAAAAAAAAUUACAUCACCAACCCAGACCUUCCAAGGUCGAUUCAGUGGUGAACGCCAUAGAAAUUGGGGGCAGUGGCAUUAAGUUUGCAGAUCUUAGAGGUUCAGGAGUUUCAUUGAGAUCACAAAAGAUGAAAUUACCUGCCAAUAUAGGACAACGUAAGGUAAAGGCUUUGGAACAAGCUAUACAGGAAUUUAAAGUUGAUCCCUCACCUCCUCCUACUGAGGAGAUAUGUAAUUCCUUCAAUGACCUGCGGUCUGAUAUGGUGUUAUUGUGUGAGCUGCGUACAGCUUUAUCUACUUGUGUGUAUGAAUUGGAAAGCUUAAAACACCAAUAUGAAGCGGCGUGUCCAGGGAAGUCUUUAAACAUACCUGCCUCCCUUACACAAUCGUCACAGUUUAAAGCCGAGCCAACUGAGUCAAAUGCAGCCAGCAGUUCGACAGUGUAAAGAAAACACAUAAUGACUUUUCCAAGUUGAUGUGAAAUGCAUUUUCACAAUAAGCUUGUUUUUCAACUAUCCUUAAAUGGUUUAGUGUGUUGUGUUACUGAAACGAUGACGACAAUGCACGCGAUGACCUAGUAAGCAGCAUACAAUUUCUUAAAUAUUUUCAUGAUCGCAUAUUAGCAACAGUAAAUUUUUCAUACCUACUACUGGAGAAUGGUGGACUAUUAAUUUCGUCAUUCCGAUUGUAACAUCCAUAAAUAUGAGCCAUGAGGAAUGCAGACGUAGCCAUCCGCUUAUAUAUUGCAAAUAUGAAGUUCCGGAUUAAUAUAACCAUGUCAACCUGUCCACUUGUAUCGCUUUCUCUAUUAUGGAAGUUAUGAAAAUCGAAACAAUUGAUUUAAAAAUUAAGCUCAACUAUUCCUUAAUUUACCCAAACCAGUUUCGAAGAAGAAUUGAAACUAUCUUUUUUUGUCCAAAGGAGCAACAACAAAAUUUUUGAAAAUAUAUGUUAAAAUAAUUUAGACGAAAUAGACGAUUGGAUUACCAUUUACUAGAGAAAUUUAAAGUGGUUGCAAAUAGCGGUUGUAAUAGUGGUAACCUCAU